CUGUCAAUUUGACAUUUUCAAAUCUCAAAGUUUGGUGGCUUACCUCACUGCUUAUUAUUGUGCAAAAAAUUGCAUUUAAAGUUUAUAACACAUUGUAAAUAAGUUAAUAAUCAAUUAAAACAAUACUAUGGCUGAAGACAAGAGUUUUCUGAUGAAAGUAGUGGAUUCCCUAAUACCUCCUCCAUGGGAGGAAAAAUCUAAGGUUAAUCAACCUUGUAUGAUGUAUAGAGCUGCUGAUGCACUGAAAACUUCCUUUUUGAGCCGUCUUGGUUCGACUGCAGGGGCCCAGGAGAUGUCAUUUAAUUACACUUUAAACCUGGGGCCUGCAGAAUCUGAGUCAUCCACCCAAACAGAGGAUGUGUCAUCUGCAAAAGCCUCUACUGAGCAGCCAGUAGCAGAUGAAGGUGCUACCCAACCUACAAAAGAUCUGAAGGAAUAAAGAAAGACUGACUCAGUUCUGGUGUAGACAUUGCAUUGAAUGACACCAGCUUCCAGGAAAUCCAUUCCAUUAUUGUUCCACACAUUGUUUAGUGUAUUAUAAAUAUUUCUAUUUUUGUUUGUUCGUCCAAAUUGUUUAUUCGAGUUAUAAAUAAAUACUGAUUUAUUA